AUGACAGACGCCAACGGCACCGCGGCCUCGGCCCCGGUCUUCCGUUUCUCAGCCACCUACAAGUCCCCCACAAACGAACCCUUCGCCUUCUCCGAGUCCCUCCCUGCCCCGCCGACCCCCAGCGCCGGCGACAAGGCGACCUACCUCAACGCCUUGCGCAAGUCUAUCAACGCCGCCCAGGAAAAUAUCAACAAGGAACUGACCGCGCGCAUGGAGGAGGACAAGGCCAGAGAGACCACCACGAACGGCGCCACCUCCAAGCCCGCCGUGGACGAAGCACUUGAGGAGGAGAACUACGGCGAAGAGGCGCCUCCCGACGAUGACUGA